GAGUCCAAGUGUCGCAGCCACACCAACUUCUUGCACGUAAUAUGGCUUCCUACUUUACUCCUACUCCAUGGCUGCUCUCCCCCAAGUUUUCCCAAGAGUUGCGCUAAGUGAGGACCUGAAGAGGCGAAUCGGCCAACACUUCGUGUUAGGUUUUCACGGUUAUGAGAUCGAUGCAAAUGUCACGGCACUUAUCCGCGAGUAUCAUGUUGGGAAUAUUAUCCUUAUGAAGAGGAAUGUCAAAGAUAUUCCUCAGCUCCGGAAACUCAUCAAUUCGCUUCAGCGUCUGGCGCGUGACGCAGGUCAUGCUCGCCCACUGAUGAUUGGCAUGGACCAAGAAAACGGUCUUGUUUCUGCUUUCUCGACCGAAGCCCCGAAUGGAGGGACUCUAUUCCCAGGGGCUAUGGCUCUCGCUGCGACGGGCUCGCCAGAACUUGUCCAAACAGUCUAUCAUGCCACAGCCGCAGAAAUGAAGUUGGCUGGUCUCAAUUGGUGUUACUCUCCCGUUGCGGAUGUGAACUCUGAUGCGCGGAAUCCCGUUAUUGGGGUGCGGUCAUUUGGUGACGAUCCUUACAACGUUUCCGAGUUUGUCCGAGCUGCUUCCCGAGGAUUAACUUUGUCAGGGAUCGCACCCACCCUGAAACAUUUUCCGGGGCAUGGGGGCACCCAUGUAGACUCUCAUCUUGACCUCCCAAAGAUCCCAAAAUCACUUGAUGACCUCUAUUCACUCGAGCUCGUCCCUUUCAAAGCUCUCAUCCAUGCAGAACCCCCAGUUGCGAGCAUCAUGACGGCUCACAUAGCUCUUCCUUUUAUCAUAGGCUCCGAUGAACCGGCUUCCCUUUCACAUAAGAUUACAACCGAGGUUCUUCGCAUGCAGCUUGGCUACUCCGGCGCCGUUGUCACCGAUUGCCUUGAAAUGGAUGCAAUUGCUGGAACGGUUGGCGUUGAGAGAGGUGCUGUGCAGGCUCUUCAAGCUGGUGCAGAUAUCGUCAUGAUAUGUCAUACUUUUGAGAAACACGUGGGUGCAGUGAAGGAGGUUUGGAAGGCAUUCGAGAAUGCGGAGCUGAUGGAGGAUAUGUUAGAUGCGAGCGAUGCCAGGGUGGAUAAAUUGAAGGAAUCGUUUGCUGGCAGCUGGGGCGACGCGAUUGUUGAGACAAAUUUCGAGGAACUGGCGACUCUCAAAGGGCAGAACCAAAUUUUAAGCCUCGAGGCGCACAACCUAGCCGUAACUGUGGUUCAUGGCCCGAGUAAUUUCGUACCCAUCUCUCAUCUCUCCAGGUCAAGGAGACUGGAAACUCAGACAAGCAUUAUUCUUUUCACCCCUGCUAUGGAAGUUCUCAACCGUGCAAUUGACGAUGCUGAGAAUAUUGUUCGCACCUCGGAUGGGAGAGUACGAAAUGCAGCUGGGCCGUCAUAUGAAGCCUUUGCAGCGUACGUUUCUGACAAGACCGAUCAACUGUCCGCGUCAUCGUUCCAUCAUGAGCUAUACAUGGCAGAGGACGCUCCCCUUCUUACGGCGGAAGCUAGCUCUUGUCCGGCGCUGGCGUUGGCUCACCAGGCAACGACAAUCAUUUUUGCAAUUCGGAACGCACAUCACAGUGCGUGGCAAUUGGAUUACUUCGAAGCUCUCAUCCGUCAUUUGCAAAGAAAUCAAGCUGAUGGCAUUCUUUCACGAUCUGUCUAUGUUGUCAGUACCUAUGCUCCGUAUGAUAUUCCGAGCCUACAGACCCGCCUGGCCUCGCAGGAUUUGCAGCUAGAAUUGGCAUAUCUCGCAUCCUUUGAUUUCACAUGUUCAGCACUCAAGGCUGUGGCUCGUGUUAUCUUUGGUGACAUUGAGCCACAAGGGAAGGUUCCUGUGAGUUUAGCCUUGUAA